CACCGUUGGCGGUAUCUCGCUAGAAAUCCCGAAGCUUCGAGCCGCCAGGGAGCGGCAAUUCUGUUGUUUAUCCGCAGCUUUCCCCACUCGUGGCAAGUGUUUUCACCUCUUUGGUGUUUGCUCCGCGUAGUGUCGGUUCAAACAUCGCCAAGACAAGUAACGGUGCAACUUUGUUCCCGCCAGUUCGCGAAUCAUGUCGCGAAUUUCGACCGUCUCGAUCGUUCUUCUCCUCGCGACAAUCGCGAUCGCGAUUGCGCACGCGAAACCGACGAUAUACAAAAGGAAUCAGGACAACGUGUUCGAGCCAGUGAUGGUGCCAGUCUCAUCCACGGUGAUUCCUCUCCCCGUGUACAGAGGAGAGUACAGUUUAAGGCCUGUAUCGAAAGAUAAAGACGCGUUUAACCCGAACGACGGAGCGAAACUGAUAACGAUCAAGAAAGGCCAAGAUAAGAAAACGUAAUGUCGUCGACGCCAACGUGGACAGAUCCCAUCGGCGAACCGCCAUCGAUCGAACGGUGUAAAUUUAUUAGUGUCACGUUGUAGCAUACGAGAACAUUUGAUAGCGUAAGCUGACUUCGUAAGUUAUGCUUUUUACAGAGCCGCAGAAACUUCACACCAAAAACUGAUUUACCUCUGUUACUUACUGAUUUACGUUAGUUGAUUAAUUUUGCCGUUAGGAAUUUAUUAGCACAUCGUAAUACAUCGCAGUAAGAUCAAACGUUAUGAAGCUGAACCAUAGUAAGGGUGAAAACGUGUUAAGUUUUUGUAUUUAAUUCGAAAUAUAAAACAUCGUUUCUCA